GCCCCGCACUUCCCCGUGGUGAUCAAGCUGGGACAUGCACACGCCGGGAUGGGAAAGAUCAAAGUGGAAAACCAGCAUGACUACCAGGACAUCACCAGCGUAGUGGCCAUGGCCAAAACCUACGCCACCACUGAGGCCUUCAUCGAUUCCAAGUACGACAUCCGCAUCCAGAAAAUCGGAUCCAACUACAAGGCUUACAUGAGAACCUCUAUAUCUGGCAACUGGAAGGCCAACACAGGAUCUGCCAUGCUGGAGCAGGUGGCCAUGACGGAGAGGUACAGGCUAUGGGUGGACAGCUGCUCGGAAAUGUUCGGCGGCCUGGACAUCUGUGCCGUCAAGGCCGUCCACAGCAAGGAUGGCAGAGAUUACAUCAUUGAGGUAAUGGACAGCUCAAUGCCCCUGAUUGGGGAGCAUGUGGAAGAGGACAAACAGCUGAUGGCCGACCUCGUGGUCUCCAAGAUGGGCCAACUCCUGAUGCCAGGAGGCAUGGUGCCCUCGCCCCUGAGACCUUGGGCUCCGCAGACUAAAUCAGCAAAAUCUCCAGGGCAAGCCCAGCGGGGACCUCAGCUAGGACAGCCCCAGCCACGCCCACCUCCACAAGGGGGCCCUCGUCAAGCUCAGUCUCCUCAGACCCCAAGGUCCGGAAGCCCCUCCCAACAGAGGCUGUCCCCACAAGGCCAGCAGCCCCUGAGCCCCCAGUCGGGAUCUCCACAGCAGCAAAGGUCACCGGGCUCUCCACAGCUAUCCCGGGCGUCCAGUGGCAGCUCCCCAAACCAGGCCUCCAAGCCAGGCGCCAUCCUCACCACACAGCCACGGCCUCCAGUGCAGGGCCGAAGCACCUCUCAGCAGGGUGAAGAGUCCAAGAAGCCCACACCACCCCAACCCCAUCUCAACAAAUCUCAGUCCCUGACUAACAGCCUCAGCACGUCCGACUCCACCCAGCGUGGGACCCCGAGCGAGGACGAGGCCAAGGCCGAAACCAUCCGCAACCUGAGGAAGUCCUUCGCCAGCCUGUUCUCCGACUAGCCCGGCUCAGGCUGGGGGCGGGGAGCUCUCGCACCUGCCCACCCCACCUUCCUUCUCAGCCUCGGUUCCUGAUGAGAACAGACUUUCUAAAUGCCUUCGACCCAGGAACUGACUGUCUGUGUCCCCGUUUACCUUCACCACGACCUCCCAACAUCGCCUGAGCGCUGGGCCUCUGAGAGUCUGAAAAUGGGGCAUCGCGUCCCUCUGCCCACCCACGUCUUGCUUCCCGGCCAGACCACCACGUGCAACAUCUCCAUGUGGCCAGUUGCCACGUCAUUUGUCGUGUGUUUUGCUCACCUCUGGGCAAAAAAAAACCUGUAUCAAAUGCAGACACGCAUCGGACCUCAGCAGUAGAGGAGGCAAUAAUCUUUUAACAGUGUUUUAUAAACAAAAAGAGACAAUUCCAGCCUGGGAAACCCACCCCCUGCCCAAGCUUGUCCCAUCCACACUGGAGACCUGCCCUCAGCUCCAACCAGGGAGGCCAAGAAGGCUGGUCCUGAGGACAACACCACCAACAGACCUUGUGUGAUAAGUGGGGCCUUCCAGAACACAGCAGAAGCAGAGGGGAAAUCCUUGUCAUGCUGCCCACGCCCAGGGCACUGCCCAUAAUUGGACAGCUGAGAGCAGAUCACACACAGGUUCUUACAGGAAUAGUCUCUGGGUCCCAGCAGAGAAAGAGGCCCUGAACUUCCCCAGGAAAGACUGAGGUUAGGUUCCUGUACCUGUUCUGUGUUAGGCCACCAUUAGGUCUUCCCAACAAUGUUUCAGGAGCCAGACGGAAUCCACAGAUGACAGAAACGGGAGCAGAAAGUGCAGUGAUGGUAACUUGCAGCUUGGCAUUUCAUGAACUCUGUACGCAAGGUGUUUUUAGGUUGCUCAGUUUCAAAAGGGUCCCACGGCCAAAUAUAUUUAGGAAAUGCUGUUUAUGUUUCUUUUUCAGUGAUGCAUAGUAUAUGAUGUAAGUAAGAGGCUUUUGGAAUUCCUGCAGGAAAAGAAAUCAGCUUGCACUUAGCACAACCUAAACUGAUAUGACUCAACAAGUGAGCUGGAGAAGCUAGUCUUGACUCCCUCCAGGGCUCUCUCCCCUACAGCAGACACCUCUCACACUCAGAUGGGGUUCAAGGGUGUCCCAACUCACCAAGAGCCUGGUGCUAGAAACCUCAUAGGUGUCAGAAGCAGCCUCCUGGCCCCAAAGGGAGCCCAGGACACUGGACCAUAGCCAUGUUCUCAGCCCUUUGCAACCUGAGACACGUCUUCCUCUCACUGUUCACAGGGAAGGGAGAAAGGGGGAUAAAAGCUAAAUGGCUUUGGCCUGGAGCAGUUUCUACUUAUACUCAAGUGAUGUAGAUUGGCAAUCAGGCCUGACAAUCAGCUAAGGCCUGUCCAGGUUCCCGGGAGCAUAAAAUCAAUCAUCUCCUUUUGGGGCCUCCCAAACCAAACUGGAGUGGUGAGAAUAAGGCCUGUGACCUGCUCUUUCUGUGUGUGCUGGGUCACCUAGAACCCUUGAGCUCAGAGGAGCUCACCUUCAGGCUGUCUUUGGGUGGAGGCUGACUCUGUGUCAAAAGGACUGGCUUUGCAUCUGGCUGUCAGAGACCCACGUGGCCUUCAAUGUCAUCCUCUUCUGUGUUGCCCUCUUCCCUCCCUCAUGUUCAGGCCUGUAUCUGAGAGCAAGAGCCCCAGCUAAUGCAGGAGUCCUCUCUCUCCUCAUGUUCAGGAGCCCUGGUAGUGGAUUCAGUAAUAAGUAGCAUAACAGGUCAGAGAGCCAACUGCCAGUGACCAUCAGAAGCCAUAAUUUAGUUGGCUGGAGAGCGGUGGGCUGAAGCUUGCUUAGCCUUGGCUAGCAUCAGCAGCAAAUAAAAUGUCCAUUGUGUGAGGUGAGAGGUGAACAAGUGAGGGCCUCGUACUCUUUCCAGUACCCCCAAAUCCU